GGUGCUUCUUGUGUCUGCAAUUCCCCCCUUUUUUCCAUGCUGUUUCGGAGUCAUAAGGCAACGACCGCAUUUCUGAGCAUCGGACCUGCAUGUCCCAGUCUCUGUCUCCGAGGUAUCUUCUUCCUUAAAUAGAAAAUGGUGAGAGGAGACUCCAAAUUCGGGAGAUUUCUCAACAUUCUCAAUAGCCCGAGAUUGAUAACAGAAAAAGUACUCGAGAAUUGGGAAAGUUUAAGCGACGCGAAUGUGUCAACGGUACUAAGAGGCCGAAAGAUAGAUAAAGGAUGGAAAUUUCUAUGCCCACGAGGCAUCAUGAGCUUCUUCUGUAUAGUUUCAGUCCUCUUUCACCACCAACUCACAGCAGCAGCAGCAGCAGAAGAAGCAAAUGACGAAGUGUCGAUGUUAUUGGCUUUCAAGAAUUCCUCUGUUCAAUCUGACCCAACUGGGUUCCUUUCCAACUGGGAAGCCAGCUCCCAGACACCAUGCUCAUGGAGCGGAGUUUCGUGCACGCCUGAUGGCCAUGUGCAUGGCCUAGACCUCAGCAAUGCUGGGCUCCGAGGUGCGCUGCACUUCCCUCGGCUCACCGAUUUGCGCAGUCUCCGAGUCGUGAACCUGCACGGCAAUCUGUUCUCAGCUGGUGACCUCUCUGCCUCUGCAUCUUCUUCAUGCCGACUUGAGACUGUCGACUUGUCCUUCAAUAAUUUCUCGGACCCUUUACCGGGAAACUCUUUCUUGAUAUCUUGUCACAGUCUGGUUCACGUCGACCUCUCACGGAACUCAAUCCCUGGUGGGAAUCUCCAGUUUGGCCCUUCUCUGUUACAGCUUGACCUCUCUAGGAAUACCAUUUCAGAUCCCACCCUUUUGACUUAUUCCCUCUCUAGCUGCCAAAACUUGAAACUCCUCAAUUUUUCCGGUAACAUAAUCACCGGAAAAUUGGGAGCCACUCCCACCUCUUGCAAAAACUUAUCGGUUCUUGAUCUUUCUGGUAAUCGUUUGUUCGGGGACAUACCACCGAAUUUCGUGGCAGAUUCCCCGCCUUCUCUCGAGUAUCUUGAUCUCUCCAACAAUAACUUUUCAAGCAAAUUCUCGGACCUUGAUUUUGGUAGCUGUGGCAAUUUGACUUAUCUGAACCUAUCAAGCAUCGGCCUCUCUGGGAGCGAGUUUCCGGAAAGUCUGAAGAACUGCCAGGAUUUGGAAAUGCUAGACAUCUCGCUUAAUCAGCUGGAGUAUAUGAUUCCUGGUGCUUUGCUAGGGAAUUUGCGAAAUUUGAGGCAAUUGUCUUUGGCGCACAAUCACUUCACGGGUCAGAUUCCGCCCGAGCUGGGGCAAACUUGUGGAACUCUAGAGGAGCUCGAUCUGUCUGUAAAUAACCUCACUGGUGGAUUGCCAUCAACAUUUGUCUCGUGCUCUUCCCUGUGGAAUCUCAAUCUAGGGAAUAAUCAUCUCUCUGGAGAUUUUCUUGUUACCGUCGUCAGCAGUCUCUCUAGCCUGAGAAAUCUGCGUUUACCAUUCAAUGACAUCAAUGGCUCGAUUCCGCUGUCCUUAACAAACUGUAGCCAGCUUCGAGUACUCGAUUUGAGCUCCAAUGUCAUCACGGGUAAUAUUCCUCAGGGCUUUUGUUCGUCUUCCUUUUCGUCAUCACUGGAGAAAAUACUACUUGCAAGCAACUAUAUCUCAGGAACUAUGGUUUCGGAGCUUGGAAAUUGCAAGAACCUGAAAUCAAUUGACCUCAGCUUUAACAGCCUGAGCUCCGAAAUCCCUAAAGAGAUAUGGGAAUUGCCGAAGCUUUUGGACUUGGUUAUGUGGGCAAACAAUCUUACUGGCAAAAUUCCUGAAGGGAUUUGCGAGAAUGGGGGAAAUCUCGAGACCUUGAUUCUUAAUAAUAAUCUCAUUUCAGGAACAAUUCCGUUGUCCAUUGCCAACUGCACCAACAUGAUAUGGGUUUCACUUUCCAGCAAUCGGCUCACUGGAGAGAUCCCUGCUGGAGUCGGGAAUCUUCGAAAACUAGCUGUCCUCCAGCUGGCAAAUAACUCGAUCACCGGACAAAUUCCGCCGGAGAUUGGCAAGUGCCAGGGACUCAUUUGGCUAGAUUUAAACAGCAACCAACUGACCGGUUCUCUCCCCACCGAGCUAGCCGAUCAAUCAGGCCUGAUCACACCGGGGAGCGUUUCCGGGAAGCAAUUUGCUUAUGUUCGAUACGAGGGAGGCACGGAUUGUAGAGGAGCUGGAGGACUAGUUGAAUUUGAGGAUAUAAGACCAUCGAGGCUGGAGAGUUAUCAUAUGGCGCACUCUUGCCAAACGACUAGGAUUUACACCGGUGUGACGGUCUAUAGCUUUGCUAGCAACGGGAGCAUGAUGUAUAUUGAUUUGUCGUUCAAUUCAUUGUCGGGUAUGAUUCCGGAAAGCUAUGGCACUAUGACUUUCCUACAAGUACUGAAGCUGGGGCACAAUGAGUUAACGGGGACUAUCCCCGAAAGCUUCGGAGGUUUGAAAUCUAUCGGAGUUCUCGAUCUCUCUCAUAACCGUCUUCAAGGGUUUCUCCCAGGAUCAUUAGGAUCUCUAUCAUUUCUCAACGAUCUUGACAUUUCCAACAACAACCUCACCGGCCCCAUCCCUUCCGGAGGUCAAAUGAUCACUUUCCCGGCAUCCCGGUUCGAAAACAACUCUGGCCUUUGUGGAGUGCCUUUGCCCCCAUGUGGCUCCGAUACCGGAUCAACAGUUCCAUCAAGCUCUGGUGGCCAGGAAAGGAAGCAAUCUGCUAAAGUAGGUGCGAUCAUCGGUACCGGUAUCGCCGCAUUCUUCAUCAUAUGUAUCCUCAUUCUCAUGGUAGUGUUCUACCGUCUAAAGAUACACCACAAGAUGGGGAAACAGAGAGAAAAGUAUAUACAAAGCCUUCCUACUUCAGGUACUAGCAGCUGGAAGCUCUCUAGUGUUCAUGAGCCCUUGAGCAUAAAUAUUGCCGCUUUCGAGAAGCCUUUGCAAAAGCUCACCUUUGCCCAUCUGCUAGAAGCAACUAAUGGAUUCAGCUCAGAGAGUCUCAUAGGCUCUGGAGGGUUCGGCGAAGUGUACAAGGCUCGACUCAAGGACGGGCAUGUAGUUGCCAUCAAGAAGCUGGCUCAUGUCACAGGCCAGGGCGAUCGGGAAUUCAUGGCUGAAAUGGAAACGAUAGGUAAGAUCAAGCAUCGAAACCUCGUUCCUCUACUCGGCUAUUGCAAGAUCGGGGAGGAGAGGCUCCUCGUGUACGAGUACAUGAAAUGGGGGAGUCUCGAGUCAGUUCUUCACAACAGGACCAAAGGAAUGGCCUCGAACCUCGAUUGGGAAACUAGAAAGAAGAUAGCCAUAGAUUCGGCUCGAGGCCUGGCGUUCUUGCACCAUAGUUGUGUUCCUCACAUUAUACACCGAGAUAUGAAAUCAAGCAAUGUCCUUCUGGACGAAAACUUUGUAGCUCGGUUGUCUGAUUUCGGCAUGGCUAGAUUGGUGAAUGCCCUAGAUACUCACCUCAGCGUCAGCACCCUCUCAGGGACUCCCGGUUAUGUUCCGCCCGAGUACUAUCAGAGCUUUAGAUGCACAACAAAGGGCGACGUGUAUAGUUACGGAGUGAUCCUGCUCGAACUUCUCUCAGGGAAGAGGCCAAUAGAUUAUUCCGAGUUUGGCGAGGACAACAACCUGGUAAGCUGGGCGAAGCAGCUUUGGAGAGAGAAGAGCAGCAACGAAAUUCUCGACCCCGGUCUGGCCGGGGAUACAUCUCACAAGGACGAACUUUGUCAGUACCUAAGGAUAGCAUUCGAGUGCCUGGAGGACAGACCUCCUAGGCGACCGACUAUGAUUCAGGUUAUGGCAAUGUUUAAAGAGCUUCAGGCCAUCACAUCGGACAGCGAUAUCCUAGGCGGCCUGUCAGCGAAAGAUGCGGUUAUCAUCGAGUCACAAGAGGAAGAACUCUGAGACUCUAGUUCAUGAUGAUCAACUUCAUGUGGAUUUGGCUAAAGCAUUCCAUUUUCCGUCCUCCCAGAGUCAGGAAAAGGGUUUCAUCAUUCGCAUUUAUCCCUCCGUAAAUACACGAAAACUCGGCUGAGACCAAAUUGUUGACAUGUACAUGGAAAGCAGACAAAGAAUGACAGCAACAGAAUCGGUUUCAGUUCUCCGAGCCACUCGAAAUUCGGCAACCAUAUCUUCCAAUUCCCUCAUCAUUUCAUUCUUGUAAUCGAAAGGUUUGUGUUCGUUCGGCAUCCAUUUUCUUGUCUGCGAUGGUUUUGCUAACUGAAGUUCAUCUUGUUUCCCUCAUGGUAAAAAAAAAACAACUGAUUUGCCAUUGUUCUUUUUACCUUAUGUCUACAGAAGCUUCAAAACCAUAAAGCUGGAAGCUGUAGUAGGCCUUAAUAAA